GGCGAUCGGCUCUCUCAGAUCAGCUGUGAGAGCGGCGUGGCGCCGUGUGCCGCGGCUCUGACCCGCUGUCAGUUGCCCGAGCCCUGUGCUACGGUUAGGACCGCGUGUAUAAUCGUCACCUUUUACACGACGACACGCGUUGAACUAGCCACGGGCCGCCCGCGCCGAUUCGCGUCGUCCUCGGCAGCAACGCGCGUCCUUCACGUCUUCCCCAUUACAAGAUCGGCCAGCGCGAUCGGGCCAGCGCGAUCGACGAUAAUUGGCAUCCGAGAGAAGCGAAAGGCUAGGCAGCGCGGGGAGCCAGCGAUCGGGAGCGAGUGUGAUCGACCGUAAACCGACCUCCGAUCGGGACCUCCCGUCCGCGAGGGAGAUAGCUUGGCUUGUCGUUGAAUUGUUAAGUCAGUAAUCAUCGAUUAUCACGGCAAAUUUUCAAGCGAGCGUGUCCUCUCGUCAGAAGUCGCGAGUCGCGGAAAAAGGGCAGUUCGAUUUAAGGGCAGACGUAAUUUGGUGAAACCUCUAUCCUUUCCUUCUUUUGUCUUCAUUUGUGUGACGUGGAGAAGUGAGCAUCAUCAGGCCUCGACUCCCGAGGAAUUCCCCGCGGGUGGCGCGAACCCGAGAAGCUGUGAGCCGUCGACGCGAUCAGAAUGGUCUGGUAGAGAGGAGCGAGCAACCCCCUCGUUUUCGAGAGCGCGAGAAAUGGCGUGCGGCAUAUCGGUCGACGCGACCGCCACGAGCACGGUGCUUCUUCUCCUUCUGGUACUGCUUCAAGCGGCACUGGUCUGGGAGGAGGCGCACGGUGCUCCAGCGAAGAAGAGCGACAUACUCGCCGGUACGGAAUUUCUGUCGGUCUUCAUAAACGGCGCUAUGGCGACGCCACCGCAACGACGCCGGGGCUUCCGACGUGGCGGUCAGCAAGCGUCAGCAGGUGACAGCGCGACCGCUGAGUCACACCAGCAUGAGGCAUCGAUCUAUCGAAUAUCUCGUACCAACCCGAGCGGCGGCCGACCGAUUUCGGUGUCGAGGCCGCAGACGAGCGGCCGCGAGGAGGUAGUUCGUUUCUAUCCCAUCAAUCAAAAAACGUUAGAGAAUCGACAGCAGAAUUUAGCGUCGUUGAUCGAUGACCUAAGCACGCCGGGCGGCAUAAGUUCGACGCAUCUGACACCUUCGAGCGCGGCGACAACGAUGACGAGCGCUCCGGCGUUGAUUUACCAAGAUCGAACGAUCUCGAGGUCGAACGGGACCAACGGAUCCGUUACUAACAAAGGUGUCAGUCGGCAAAAGGUGAUCGGCAUCAGCGUCACGUCCACGGUCGAGGCUACGCCGUACAAAGUGCGCGUCGAGCAUUACGACAGCGCCAACGCCGCGGUAGCUGCUCGAUCAAGUUUGGAAUCUGCGACAAAUAAAGAAAUUACUAAGGAGGCAACUAGAAGCACGACGAGGGGUACCAGUAGACCGCCGCCGAUUCCGCCAUCGUCCACGACAACGACAACGACUACUACGACCACAACGACUACGAUGACGACGACGCCACCGCCCUCGGGCCGAUUCGUUACCGAGGAGCUCAGCAACAUCGUUUCGGAGUCAAACAGGAGCGAAUUCUCCGUCGACGAGGACUCGCCGAGAACGAGCUGGCGUAGUCGCGUAACCAUGACACCGCGGAUUCAACAGCUUCCCGUGAAGAGUCAUCAGGACGAAGAGGUCAACGAGGCUACGCGGAUCAUCGAUGUCGAUGACGCAAUCACCCUACCUUCGGAGAAGAAUUACGAGCUACCCGUAGAAAACUCGGAACGACGGGAGUUGAAUGAGGAACUGCCGGAGAUGUCGGAUCGGCUUCAAGGACGCAAAAUGGGACGUCACUAUGACACGUCACUCUACAAUCGCUCAGGCCCGAAGGUAUACAGCCAGUCAUCAAAGACAUAUAAACCUCCGCGAACAUACAAUGACCCAGCUAAAGUAUAUAGCGAGCCGGCCAAAGUGUACGGUGAACCCGAACGGGUGUACGGAGAACCGGCAAAAGUGUACGGCGAACCGGCUAAAGUCUACAGCGAACCAGCCAAAGUUUACGGCGAGCCUGCGAAAGUCUACAGCGAGCCCGCCAAAGUCUACGGCGAGCCGGAAAAAAUCUACUCUGAGCCAUCCAAGAUCUACUCGGAGCCAGCCAAAGUUUACUCCGAGCCAGCCAAGAUCUACUCGCAGCCGGCCAAGGUGUAUGGCGAGCCCAGCAAGGUGUACGACUCCGCGGGUCAACCGGUGGAUCGUCAACAGGAAAGCGGCGAGCCUGACGAGCAAAACUACGAGAUUGACGAGUCGGUCAGUGUCGGCAGCAACGGCAACGUUCAUGGACCGCAGUUGGUUGUCACGGAGGAAACCCCGGGUGCGUCCGAGGACGGUCACAAGGUCGGCUAUGUGGUGGAGGGUAGAAACUACAGGAAGUACAGGGUCGAGGAGAGAACGCCGGACGGCUUCAUCGUGGGCGAGUACGGCGUCGUCAGUCACGACGACGGCUCGCUGCGCGGCGUUAGAUACACCGCCGACGGCACCAUCAAUCCUCAACUCAUCUAUGACGCCCUGAUGAAGUUCCUCGCAUUGUAAGCUCCGUGAUAACGGAAGAAAGUGAAAGGAAGGAAGACGAAUCGACGAAUCGUCGCGAGACACUGCGAGAGGUCACGCACACAUUGCUAGAGCGAUUUCCUCAUUUACAAUCCAUGCUACGUUUCAAAAAGCAAGAAUAAUUAGGCAGAAUAGAUAUACAUUGCAAUCCAGACAAUGGUCUGAUCUUUUAGAGCAUUUAAUGUCAAUUAACGAUAGUAUAUGGGUUGCGGAAACUACCGUUGUUUCUUUCUCCGGGAAGACUCGAUUCCGCGAUGACGAGUCAACAAAGUUGUAUCGACUUCUUCGAGGUGGCUUCGGCGAUGUCGUCGACGAGACGAACACGACUGAUUCUUUUGCUCUUGCCAACUCAACUGCCUCAACAAUUAAUUUUAAGGACGACGAUUUAGAAUCUAAGGAAGAGUUCGCAUUCGAUCAAGGCGACCUGCGCGCGCCGCCGACCGAAAGGUCGACCGGGAUCGACGCACGAAAGUCGAAUCUCGAUACUCAGUCAUUGCGAAACGCUGACAGAUGAAAGUUACUCUUUGGGCGGCGAAAGUACGAACUUUUGUGUGCAGUGCUACUCGAUGGCCUUUGACGAUUGUGGCAACCGAUCGAAAUGGUUGUCGAACGUUUUUCUUACGAGCUAUUCUCACAAGAACUUUUGAAGUGAAGAAAAAAACGCGGUUACUUGCGGGAGCCACUAAAAAUAUAUUUCAGUGCGUAAGAAGCGCUUAAGUGCACGAUGCACAUAGGCUUGAACGAUUUUCAAUUUUAAUGUAAUAUUAACAGUGUCAGAGAGUCAAUAAUUUUUUUUCUUGAAAUUUUUGUACGCCGUUCGAUAUUUAUAUUCGCUCAAAAUCACGACAAUAUAGCUUCGUAAGCGUUCUUUCAUUACCGUAGUUAUGAAAUAAAAUAGAAGUUUUGAUGGAACUCGAAACGUUGAAGAUGUCUGAUUCCGAUGCGAUAUCGAUUUUAGUUUACUGACAAUAUGGGUUCUCACGUGCGCAUAUCGAUACAUAUCUUUGCCACUGAGUAUCUCAUACAUUGAGAAUUCAUAUCCACCAUUGUGCACUCGUCGAGGAUGUAGCCGCGACAGAUUUUCGAUCUUUGAUCUCUGAUCUUUGAUCUCCGGUAAGAAAAUCUCGAAUCAAACUCGCGGAGAACUCCGACCCCAAAUAUUCUAGAUGCAAUAAAUAAUUACGUUUUAAUAAACGUAGGCAUAGAUUGCGUACGUUCCACAAGAAAACUCGCAUCACGGAACACAGAAUCCAUGAUAUCUUCCUGUAUUUAGUAGUGAUCUUUCCGUCAACUUUUUAGACAAAUGUCAGAGAUCCCCGAUCAAUCGAUAUAAUAUCUGAUCUCGUUGUGACACGAGAAUAAAUGUUUUCUUUUAUAUUAAUGAGAAACAUUAUCACUGUGUCAAGAGAUUUGUGUAAUUUGAGAUUAAUUUAAUCGCCGAAGAGGAUUUAACGAAUUCCCCUUUACUUGCUACUGUGCCGCAGUUGACGCUGGAACAUUUGAAGUUUUCUAGGUAUUAUUGCUUUUAACGUUUCCGUAAUAUCCAUUUUUACCAACAGAAUCUUUGAUCAUCUCGAUUUAACUUAUUUUUUAUUAUCUUUUUUUAGUUCUAAAAAAAUAUAAAUAGAUAAAAUUUUUUCAUUACCUAUAGAUAGUCGAAAUAAUUAACGGAUGAAACGCAUUCGAAUGUUCUAACGUUGACACAGCCUUCGAAAUCAUUGACUGAGAGUCCCCUUCGUGCGCUUUUAUCGCGGUCACGCUUCUGUGAUGAAGAGGUAAACGAAGAAGUUGCAACUGCUAGGGCCCUCGUCUAAGGAUACGUCAUUUGAGUUCUUCAAAUUAGCUAGCGGGCCCCGCAGCUGCGAUGAACGGACCGACUUGUUGCGGCAGCGUCUCCGCACGUGUAUCCUAGCUCCAUAAGUUCCCUAGAUCUUAAUGCUGACAAAGGAAGUAUCUCAAUUAGCGAGAAAGCUCGUUUUUUUUCUCCGUAGUAUCGAUUAUAUUAUUUAGCGAUUUACUAGCUCAUUCUCUCUCAUAUUACCUCAGUCCUUUGAGAUAGUUCCUCUCGCCACGCAAUAUCGCGCGAGCACACUUUAUACCCUAUGCGCGAGUAACGCUCCACAAAACUCGCGAGAAGCAUAUACGGAGCGUUCCAAAAUCGUCUUUGUUUCUCUGAUUAACGAGCGAUUACGGAAAAAUAAAUUUCAAGUUUAUCGACGAAAGGAUGGGAACAUACAAAUGGGAGCAACGACGUUAAUUUCUAGGGCAAUCUGUAUAUGAAUAUAUAUCUCGCGUAUUGCUCACGUAGACUGUAAAGUCUCGAUUAUAUUCUACUUCCCCGAUAGGACCACAUUUAUUAAACUAUAUAUGACAAAAUCUUGGAUAAAAAUUAUAAUCAGCAAUUAUGUAAGUACAUUGAAAAAAUAGACAUAAAAUAUUGAUAAUUGUUUGCUCAAUUAACUUUG